AUAUAUAAAAGAAAAAUAAGAUACUUUUCGCUAGGACCUUUAUAUACCCCUUAAACCCUUCUCCUUGGUUUUAUAAUCCUCUGCCUCUUUCCCGGCUCGCAAAACCCUAGUUUCGAAUCUUUACCCACAACAGAAAUGGCUUUCUGCAAAAGUCUCGGUGGUCUACUCAGACAAGGUGUGGUUUCUCAGACCGGAAAUGUUCCGGUUACGUCUAUGCUCGGUUCUCUCCGGUACAUGUCUACCAAGCUUUUCGUUGGAGGUCUCUCAUGGGGAACUGAU